UCCUCAUGAUCAAGUAUUUCUCUUCUAGUUUCUCAAAUUUGUGUGGUUGCUAGCUACAAUUAUAAUUAAAGAGACAUGAAGCUCUUCUUUGGAGCCCACAAAAUUUUCCUCCUUGUGCUUAUUUUCAUGGCACUCAUGAUACUUGGUAAAGGCCUCCAACCUCAACAUUUCACUUUGCGCAAACAAGUUGCACUAAACGGUGAUGAGCAGAGUUACCGAUACCCCAAGCUAGGAGCAAGAGAAAAGCUAGGGAUGGAACUGUAUCCAACCGGGUCAAGCUUGCCUGACUGUUCUCAUGCCUGUGGACCUUGCUUUCCCUGCAAGAGGGUGAUGGUGAGCUUCAAGUGCUCCAUUGGAGAGUCUUGCCCUAUUGUUUACAGAUGCAUGUGUAAAGGGAAAUACUACCAUGUCCCUUCAGCUUGACACAAAUUGCUUAAUGGUUAAAUUCCAUCUAUGAAGGGUAUUUUAGAACCAGUUUAGGCAUGGAUUAAUUAGGCAAUGUGCUAUUAGCUUCCAUUAAUUAUAUGCCAUAAAAGUUAUUUAUGUGCAUAUGGAAAAAAGGAUUGAAAAAUUAUAAAAGGAAGUUUGUGUA